UGGCUGCCAGUGUGAGGAUUUUUGGAUCCAUUGCGUCACAGGGCGGCCUCACAUCUUUGGGCCGUGAAACAAUAAAUUCCACUGCUGCUGGACUGCAUCAGGAGUCAGCUGACAGGGGAGGUGGGGGGAUAGAGAGGAAACAGUAAGAGAGAUGAGAAGGUAGGAGAGGAGGGUCCAUGACGCUUUUGAAGCCGCAGGAAGGGGGCUGGGUUUUGCUGACAAUGCUUCUUGCCAGUAGGGGCUUUCGUAAUGCUUUGACCUGUGGACUUUGUGCUUAGAGUGCCGUGUGAGGCCAGCAUUUAACGCUGGCCGGUGACUUUGUCUGGAGCAGGUCCUCAGCAGACGGGCUGACAUGCAGACUGUACCGGAGGAGUGGAGGGAAGAACGGGAUGAGAGAGGAGGAGAUGGGAGGAUGGGGGAGAUGUUGGUCAAGAGGAAAGGAAAUUCAGACUACAGUGAAGAGGUGAAGGGAGAGUGGGAGAAGAAUGGGGGGACAGGUGGUGAAGAGGUGGAGAAAGAGUCACUGAUGAUGGAGCUGACGAGGCUGGUGCAGAAGAUGGUGAAAGAGAGCAGCUGGUGGGAGAGGAGGGGAAUCGAUUGCAGCAUCCUGGCAGCAGCAUUCUUCUGUUUGCCACCUGCCUUCCUGCUGCUCAGCUCCUCUCAGAUCCUGUGGUUUUCAGCGGGCAUGCUGCUGAUGGGUGUGGCUCACGGUGUCAUCACCAUCAAAGGGACGCAUCUGGCCAGCCACGGGGCGCUGAGCGAGUCGCAGGCCUGGGCAAAGUUCUGGGCCGUCUUCUUCAUCGAGAUUUGUGGCUCAUUCUCAGCGCGAGCCGGCAUUCAGGGCCACAUUAAGAUGCAUCAUGCUCAUACUAAUGUCAUUGGACUCGGGGACUCCAGCGUAUGGAAGGUCCCCUUCCUGCCUCGCACUGUCUACCUGUUCAUAGCUCCCCUGGCCGUGCCUAUCAUCACUCCACUUGUUGCACUCGGUAAGAGGCACCAAAGGACCAAGGAAGGACAGACGCUUUAUGGGUUUACUCAAGUAUUUCAACUUAAACCUCACCUCAAAGGAGACUCUUUGGCUCACGUCUUUAGGACCAUCCUGAUGGUAACCCUGGGCCUGUAUUCACAGUACUGGCUGCUGAUCCACGUCUCCGGGUUCCUGUCACCUCACAGCGCUUUGCUCUGUAUGUUUGCAUGUCGAGCAAUGUUCAGUGUGCCGUAUAUCCAUGUCAACAUUUUCCAGCACAUUGGCCUCCACAUGUUCUCUCCGACCCGUCGACCAAAGAGGAUCUACCAGAUGACCCACGGAGUCCUGAACCUGCCGCGUAAUCCAGUGCUGGACUGGAUUUUUGGACACUCGCUCAUCAAUUGCCACGUGGAGCACCAUCUCUUCCCCUUCCUGUCUGAUAACAUGUGUUUAAAGGUGAAGCCUGUUGUGUCCAAGUAUCUGACUGAAAAGCAGCUUCCAUACCAGGAGGACAGCUACCUCUCCCGCCUGAACCUUUUCUUCCACAAAUACCAGGAACUGAUGGUGUUUGCCCCACCGAUCACAGAGCUGGUGGGAGUGCAGUAAUGAAGAGGCAGCGAAGGAGAAAAACUGUUCAGACUAAUGACUGCUACUGCUCAAAAGCACAAGCUUCGAUGUUUCAAAGUGCAUUUCUACUGGUUUGAAUCAUCUCUAACAAACAGAAUAGGCUUUUAAUCAAUAAUAGAUCUACACAUUAAAGAUGAUUGUAUUUUAAUUUGAUAUUAGGAGCUAAAUUAACAUGAAAUCCUCAUAAAUGAUUAGAUUAAGGAGUAUCCUACACUUGUAGAGGUAAUUGAAUACACAGCACAAAGAUAAGCGCUCAACCAAAAGAUGACUUGAUUUGGUUUAAUUGUUGCUGCAUUGAAAGUCACUGUGGGAGAUUUGAACUGACCUUGGGCCUGUCUCAUGAAGCAAAUUCAACUUAGUGAGGCUCUCUUUGAGAUGUCUGCUAGACCUGGAUAACUGGUUUUACAAAGAAUGUUAACAACCGCCUCCUAUAACUCUGGAUGUAACAGUGACAACAGAGGAUCAUAUUCUGGAGAUGCCUACUGGGAAGCGGCCGAUGCAGCGGUAGAAAAGACAGAUUCAUGAAGUUAGUUACAGAAGCUAGGCACAACAUAACAGCAAUAGAAAAAUAAUGCAGCAACCAAAAUGCAGUAACAGAAUGUGUUAUAAAUAACUGUAAAUGUACAGUAUUUUAUGGGCUUUAACACACUUUUUUUUGUACAUUAAGUAUGAUUUAUUGGCAGUUUUCAUAAUGCAGUUUUACAGCUACAAAUCAAAUAAAUCAAAGUUGUGUGCCUGAACACUGUAGGUCACAGGUAGCCAACAGGUAUAUAUAUAUGUGUAUGUGACAGUAAAAUGCCUUUACCUUUAACUUAACUGAAAAACACUGAACGGACAGGUUACUACGGCUGCAGCUGGCUAACCAGCUGAUCCUGCAUUGUGAGACAGGCCUGUUUUCAUAGUGACAGACGGUGGCGCUGUAGUCAAUAGACAUGUUUAAUUCACAGUGUCCUCAUCUCAAAGGCACAUCAUUGACUGCACUGUAGCUCCAGUACAGAGGGACAUAGAGGUGCUUCUGUGUGUCUGUCUUGUCUGAUAAUAAAUUUAACAUUUAAUUUUCAGGAUUUUUUUUAUUACCUUUCCUGACACAUACAUAUAUAAAUUUAUAUAUAAAUUAAGUUGUUCUCUUAUGUUCCUGAUUAUAUAAAUUGUUACACACAGGAAAUUAAAGUACCCAUAAUUUUUUUGAAACCCACAUAUAGUUAUAAUAAAAAGUUUGGACUUUAA